AUGAACUCCUCAGGGUACUGGGACAGAUCAAGUGUGGGACAUUCAAAUAGUCCCAAUACCAGUUCAAUCUUUAUUUCGCAUGAUGCAGAUGCAGGUGAAGAAGCUGAACGUGCACAAGAUCAGAAUUUACCACCACCACCAACACUAACCCUAACACCAGCACCAGCAUCAGCAUCAGCAUCAACAUCAGCACCAAUACCGGCACGCGCUCACGCACCAGGAUCGGCACCAGUAGCACUUCUGGCACUUCUGGCACUUCUGGGGCUUCUGAUUCCGCUGUCAACUACGCCCUCUGCAGACGAUGCAAGUUUGGCGCACGUAGGACCAUACUUUGAUAUAACGCCUCAUCCUAAUCAACACGAGGUUCAAAUGCAGCCACAAUAUACCCCAGAAGAGAUACGAUGUUCUCUUGGAUCGGGUGUACUUACAGACGAACAAGCUAGUAGAAUACACCAUCAUAACUUUAUGCAACUGAUUGAAGAGGAUGAGGAGGAGCUCGAUGAUUAUUACGUGAACGGGACUAGCAGACUUGGCGCGGGGCUUCUUGCAAGUAGAGUUAUUGGCGAUGGUGGCGAUGGUGGCGAUGGUGACGAUAGCGGUGAUUUGGAAAACAAUGUUGUUGAUGCAGAUGAUCCUAUUGAUGCCAGUGAUUUCAAUGAAGUUGAUGAUGCUGAUGAUAGAUUCAAUGGGAGUUUUAGUCGAAUUGGUGGACUGGCAACAGGAAUUACUACAAUUGUUCCUGACACGCAACGAUCGACUUGGGAAGGAAUAAUGACUACAGAGGAUCGAAGGCAGCAACUGCGUCUGAUGCAGCAAACACUGGAAACGUACCCGCUGCAGAACAUCUUGACUAUCGAAGAAGGAGAUGAACAUGUCAAUGAAUCGAAUAUAAUCGAUGGUAUGAGUUCGGAAAGAGAGAUUAGAGACAACGAUACCGAUCAUGAUAUGCUAAGUCAUGGCACUACAUCAAGUGUUGGUCAAGAACAACUAGAACAACAACAACAUCAUCAUCAUCAUAAUCAAGAUCAUUACCAGCAGCUGCAUCAUCGCCCACUGGAGCAUGAAGUUGAUGACGAUAACGAGAUCAAUGCAGAUGAAUCGCAUUCUCAGCCUAGUUUGGAGCAGGUGCAGCGAGUAUAUUACACAAAAGGUUUAGAAGAAUUGGAGAGUUUACAGUUGGUGGAUUUGUCAGCUUUGGCGACAUGGAAAUUGAGUUCAUUUAAGCCAGGAUUUGGUUUAUCACAAUUGCGCGAUGAUAGUCCUGAGACUUAUUGGCAAAGUGAUGGCAGUAAUGGCGGAAACAAUACGAACCCAAACAACUCUGCUUUUACCAACAAUCAUUUGAGUAAUCCCCAUUCUGUGACUAUACAAUUCAUCAAAAGGGUGGCAUUAGAAAGAAUAUCGAUAUUCACCAAUUAUUCAUUAGAUGAAAGUUACACACCAAGCAAGAUAAAGAUUAUGGCUGGAAGUAGUGAAGGAUGGGAUUUAAUUGAUGUGUGCACUGUGAAUUUUAAUCAGCCGAUAGGGUGGUCACAUAUUAUUUUCAAUGGUAUUCGAAACGAUGGCGUACUCAAAUGCUUUAUGGUGAAAAUUUUCAUUUUAGCCAAUCAUCAAGAGGGCAAGGAUAGUCAUAUAAGAGCAAUUAGGUGUUUUGGACGCAAACAUUCUGUGCCACCUGUAAAAGGGUUACCAUCAAUUGGUAAUCCAUACCAUAACUAUAACCAUAAUCAUAAUAAUAGUAUACCACAUCGUGUGAACCCCGAGCUUCUUCGUGAUUUGAGUAUAGCAAGUGGCUCGUCUCUUAAUUCAGGUAUUCUGGUUGGAAAUAGGAUCAUUUCAAGCAGCAGUGAUGUUCGCCACCAAACAGAGGUUGACGCCGAAGUUGACGCUGAGGCAGAAUCGCUGGUGCUACUGCCACUGCUGCCACAAUUUCCAAAACAAACACUUAAUGAGGAAACAACGAGCGCCAUGCGCAAUGUAAAUGCAGUUCUAGGUCUCAAUUCAGGAUUUAAAAGCAUAGAGCUAAGCAGUGUGUCAUCAAUACGCUAG